AUGUCAACUCACUACCCCUCCAAAUCGGAACACAUGGCUCCUGCCAUCUCCACUGCCACCUGUGUCCCACCUGUUCUCAAGUCGCGAAAGCGCUCCACAUCCAGCGACAAGAGCUCCAACGACAGUUCCAAAGACGGCACCGACGCAAGCUCUCUCGACACGCAGGAGACCAAGUCGCCUAUCUCAGUCGUUGAGGCGCUCAUCCGCGGCCAUUACGAAGGCUGGAUUGAAGAAGGUUCCGCUCUUAGCAACAUCGACUGCCACUGGUAUCGCGCCACUGUCUCAACACCUGACUUUGUCGCCCUCAUCAGGCGGCUCGACGAUAAGAUUCGCGAGUGGAUGCUCAGCCGCCUGACGUACGACUGGAACGCAUUCACGGGACAAAUCAUCCUCCGUAACAUGGCGCCGGCCAAUACCAAUCACGAUUACGUCGCCGCCCAGAUUGGAAAGGUCCUCGGUAGACAGAUUGAGAAUCUAUCGGAAGAUCAAGAGACGCCUCUCAAGAUGAAAGAGGUGCUGGAACGCAUUGAGGGCCCACUAUCCACCAUGGCAUCGCCCGUGGAUGCCCCGGAUGUGGAGGACGAGAAUCCUGAAGUCAAAAAGCUGUUGAAGAGUAAGAGACAGCCCGACAACAGUUUCUACUUCAUGGGUCGCACAUACAUGCCUAUCGUUGUUGAAGUUGCGAACAGUCAGAAGAGCGAGGAUCUGGAGGCCCUUGUGAUAUGGUGGAUGAAGGACACCGGCCUCAAGACUAAAACUGUCAUCACCGUUGAUAUGAUGUAUCAAGGCCCUGCGGCGAGGCAUGGCAAGUUCUUCACUCCUGACGCCACCAUUGCUGUUCACCGUCUCAGAGACACAUCUACACUCGAAGAGGUUGAAUAUGACGCUCAGUCAUUCAAGUUCCGCGACUCAAGCAAAGGCGAUGGAGACCAGAGUCAAGAAGUUCUCUGGCUCACCGUCGCGGACUUUCUCCCACCAUCCAAGAUCGCUGGGUUCCCGGAAGGAUACAAGUUCCCCGCCAUAACUCUCACCGCCAUAAAACUUCGCGAGAUCCUCACCAAAGGCGACACUAUUCAACAACACUUGGAGAGGGAGUCACGUAGCCCCGGCUCUUCGGAAUCCCCCCCCAACAAGAAGAAGCUCAGCAGUACAAGCCGUUCGGCCUCCGCCACCUGUGGCUGA